GCUGUUAGGAAUUGUGGGAGUUGGAGUCCAAAACACCUGAAGGGAGGGCCCAAGCAGGCCCCGGCCAGCGCUAGGCCUCGCUGGGCCCAAGAUGGCGCCGCUGCCAGCCCUCCUCCUCCCGCAGGCCUUGCGGGCCCCUCGGACCUUCUUUCUCCCCUCACGGCGCCUCGGCACCGGAGAAGGCCCCACAAACACCUUUGACGUUGCUGUCGUUGGGGCCGGCAUCGUGGGCCUGGCCUCGGCCCGGGAGCUGUGCUUGCGACAUCCAUCUCUCACCUUCGCGGUGCUGGAAAAGGAGAAGGAGUUAGCCGUCCAUCAGAGUGGACACAACAGUGGUGUUAUUCACAGUGGAAUCUACUACACACCCGGAUCACUGAAAGCCAAGCUGUGUGUGGAGGGAUCACUCCUGUGCUAUGAAUACUGUGACAAGAAGGGGAUCCCAUAUAAACAGUGCGGCAAGCUGAUAGUAGCGGUGGAGCAGGAAGAAAUCCCCAGGCUCAAGGCUCUGUACGAGAGAGGGCUGCAGAACAAAGUCCGGGGGCUGAAGCUGAUAAACACCAAAGAGAUACAAGCAAAGGAACCCUAUUGCCGGGGUUUAAUGGCACUGGACUCCCCCUACACGGGCAUUGUCAAUUACAGACAGGUGGCCUUGGCUUAUGCAGAAGACUUCCAGGCUGCAGGAGGGACCGUCUUGACUGAUUUUGAAGUGAAAGACAUUCAGAUGAACAAGGAAAGUCCCAUUGGAAGUGAAGAAGGGAUGAAAUAUCCAGUUGCUGUUAGAAACUCAAAGGGAGAGGAAAUCCACUGCCGGCAUCUCAUCUCUUGCGCAGGACUUUACUCAGAUCGCCUUUCUCAGAUCAGCGGCUGCAGCCCUGAGCCCCGCAUCGUGCCUUUCCGGGGCGAUUAUUUGGUGCUGAAACCAGAGAAGUGCUACCUGGUUAGAGGAAACAUUUAUCCGGUACCUGACCCUCGAUUUCCCUUCCUGGGCUUUCAUUUCACUCCAAGGAUGGAUGGCAGCGUCUGGCUUGGGCCCAAUGCCGUUCUCGCCUUCAAACGAGAGGGAUACAAAUUCUAUGACUUCAGUGUCCCAGAUUUUAUAGAUGCGACUGCAUACAGUGGUUUAUGGAAGCUGGUGCUCAGGAACUUCUCAUAUGGGAUGGGAGAAAUGUACAGAGCCUGCUUCCUCAGUGCACAAGUGAAGCAGCUACAGAGAUUCAUACCUGAAGUCACCGUCAAUGAUAUCCUCAGAGGUCCAGCUGGUGUCAGAGCUCAGGCCUUGGACAGAGACGGGAACUUAGUAGACGAUUUUGUAUUUGAUGGAGGCUCUGGAGACAUCGGUGCCCGGAUUCUCCAUGUCAGAAACGCCCCUUCUCCGGCUGCUACUUCCUCCCUUGCCAUUGCUAAAAUGAUUGCCGAUGAGGUGGAGCACAGAUUUCAUUUAUGACAGGAACACAAGAGGCUUGGACCUGUUUGCCCUUCUCCGAUCAAGAUGCCAUUGCCAAAGCAUGGCCAAGGAAACAGCAAACAUUGCUUAGUCACGGGAGGGAUAGUCAGAAGUGGAAGUCAUUCAGUAGUUUCUGUGUCAGAAGCCUCUAAUGCAGGCAUGAGCAAACAUUGGCCCUCUCUCCAGGUGAUUUGGACUUCAACUCCCACAAUUCCUAACAGCUUACCAGCUGUUAGGAAUUGUGGGAGAUUAAAUCCAAAGCACCUGGAGGGCCCAAGUUUGCCUAUGACUGUCCUAAAAGCACUAGAUCCAUGGAAAAGCAUACCUCUUUGUCAAGAUGGACCCUACCUUUCUGCUUUAGCAAAACAGUGCUGAAAGGAACAUAGGAAGUUUGUGUCUUGGAAGAAUGGGAGUGGAGCAAGAGUACACCCCAAAUAUUGGAAGCAAAGCUUGGUUUUCCAUGGUAGAUAAAAUGGAUGAUUGUGCUUUCCGUUUUGCUGAUGAUCAGUUACUCACGAUCAAGCUGCUCUCAAGACUGCAGGCCAAUGAAUCACAGUGUCAUUUUCCGAUUGGAUCGCCCUGCAAAGAUUAUAGUUAUGGCUAGCUAAUUUCAGGCUGUUUCUGUCAAACUUAAUGGAUUAAGUGGAAAUGGGGUUUGAUCAGGAAGUGCAUCAUUAGAAAGUGAAUUUGUAAAACCUUUUUAUAUGUCAGACUUGGCAAUAGUGAAAUUUAAACAUGUUGCAGAAAUGCUCAUGUGAUGGAUAACGGGAUGUAUAAAGACUGCUUUUCAAUGUUCCACUUA